AUGAACGCGAAAAUAGGCAAACAGCGAGCCCAGCCGGAUGAUAUGUUGACCACUGGUGGCUUAAUGCCGCUUAUUCAGGCGCUCAUCAAGCCACCGGAAUCGAUUGAUUCGUUGGGCCGCAAUCAGCAAAAGCGACCCAACCAUCCAUACUAUAGGAAACCGGGACGGGGUCACAAUAAUGAUACGUGUGAUUCGUGCAAAGAAGGUGGUGCGUUGCUUUGUUGCGAUCGAUGUCCCUCCUCGUUUCAUCUCGGGUGCCACGAUCCGCCGCUUUCAGAGCAGGAAAUACCUUACGGGCAGUGGGUUUGCCAUACCUGCAAAUGCAAAUCCGUGACGAAUCUGGACGAAACACUCGGCACAAGCGGGAAGUUACGCAUACGUGUACGCAGCCUAUCGCACAAAAGCUACAACUCGAGCAGCUCCGGUGGUAAGCAAUCGCACGAUAGUGACAAUAACGAUUCACUAGCGGGCUACAGUGAACCCACAACACCGCUUUCUGAGACCGUUGCACACGGUUCGACUGGUUCGUUGGUCGUGGAUUUAGAACAGGUCGAACCGAACGUGGAAAGAGUGAGGAAAGAAGAAUGGGACGACUGUAAAACGAAUACACCAUUCGACCAGCUAAUACAAGCGGCUCGGAUACUGAAUCCUAAACAGUUUGAGCUACCAUCUGACAUGGAAAUGUGCUUCCCGUUUCCGGGCACGGAAAAGUCGGAAGGGCUCGGCAAACGUGCUAAGCUAAAAAAGAUGCAUGAAUUGGAUAGUCAAGGACUAGUACCACUGCCGGCUAGAACGUGUCACACUUGUGGACAGUCGUGUCGUAAAGCACCACUGGUUGCUUGCGAUUACUGUGAACUGGUGUUUCACCAGGACUGUCUCGAUCCACCACUUACAGCAAUGCCCACAACGUUAUGGAUGUGUCCUAAUCACGUAGAACAAUUUGUAGACGCAAAAUUGGUCACUUCCGUGUCGGCAACGGAACGCAUACGAUUGUGGAAUCAAUUCAACAACGAUAUCGAUCACGAAACAGUAAAAACAGAAUUUCUGCGUAAAGUUCACCGUAAGCAUCCUCCCUUUCGUUUGAGGCAAAAGGUUCGACCGCGAACCAAAAUUAUGGUACCCCCGUCGAUUGAGUAUCACUAUCAGAACCGCCCAGCGCUACUACCAUCGCUCAGUACAUUUUUGCGAUCGCGACAGGUGAACCCUUCCAUGCACUUCAAGGAUGCACAGCCGGUCCUGUACGAUGACGAAACGUUGCUCGAAAUAGUCGAACGCGAACUGCAAGCCAUCGAGGAAGCGGACGAACGAAUGGGCUACGAAAAAAUGAACGCAAGUGAUGAUGAAAAUGAUGAAACGAAUGAUGAAAAGGACACGAAUGGAAAAGAUAUUAAACACAAUGGUAAAAGUGAGCGAGGAACUAAAGCGGAAAGUGAGAGAACAGAAUCGAAUGGAGUACAUAACGAUGCUGAUGUUAGUGAUGCUACCGAUUCGCAAGAAUCAUCUCACGCACGACACAUGAAAUCCUGCUUAAAAGAUUAUAUUAGUGAAAAAGGAGAAAAUUCACCAAAUAAUCAAAACGAUCUGGUGAUGCAAGAGCUUGACAGCUUGGAACCGUCGCUGAUAAGGCUGCUGGCGGUUCAGCGCAUGCAGCAACUUAUAGCGGACCAUCCCGAGUGUUUGGUUAGCUCCACAUCGAACAGUGCGACGGCACAGAAGGAAGCAAUAGAAGAGAUGUGUCAGGCCGAUGAUUUGAAAAAGAUGCCACUGCCUAGCGAGCUGCUCACAAAGGAAGAUAUCGAGCGGAUAGCGCGUGAAUUCACUAACGCCAAUGGUGGUAAUAGUAUGAAAGAUCACGAUAUGGACAAAGCAACGCUAGCUAAAAAUGGACCGGAAAGUAGAAAAACGAAAAAGCCAGCGAUCAAACAGGAUGUAUCCGACGCAACCGUUACUACCUCUACCAAGAAGGACGCUCUGACGGAGCUAACGAACCGCAUAGUGAACCAAGCGCAGCAUCAGCAAAUACGUGUUCGUGCCGCACUGACCUGGGUUAACCUGAACCAGGAGGGCUAUUUUUCAUUCGAAAAAGUGGAUGCAUCCGACGCGAUCUGUAUGUCGUACCGGUCAUUUACGAUAGGUUCCGGUCCGGGCAAUGAUGUAACGCUGGCCAAGUAUGGUGAUUGUUGCUGCACAUCCAGCCGACAUGCGAUCAUUUUCUACGAUGAAGUUACGCAAAUGUUCGAGCUAAUAAACUACUCCGAGUUUGGUUCGGAAGUGAAUGGGCAUUUGUAUGCAUGCGAUUUUAGCGAUCAUUCGACGGGAUGGCAGCACGAAUCAUCAACCCAAAACACUACUACCGGUGCGGACUCGCUAGCUGAUGGUAGAAAAGCAAUAACCGAUGGGCAGGAAAGCAGUAGCGGAACGAAAUGUGAUUCCCGAACACAAGUCAAACAGGACGUGCAGAGUAUACUCGAAAAGGUUCGCCACGCCAAUGCACAGCUAAGGGCGGAACAGUUUUAUGCUUCCACAUGCAUGGCCGAUCGUGCACUUCCGCUGUGCAAAUGUUCAUCGGAACGUCGAAUACCGACACGGGCGUGCGGCUGGGAGGGCAGUGCCAUACUGUACCACGGUGCAUUGAUCCGCUUCGGUUGCCACGCGUUCGUAUUCACGAUCGUUGAUUACGACGACGGACAGGAUGAGUUUGAGGACUCUUACCGGGAUAGUGAUAGCGACUAA